AUACUGCAGAUCCUAUGGCUUUACUGGUUUGGAUUGUGGCAUGUUGGACGUAGGUUACCGCACCAGACAAAUAGCAGUUAGAUAACUCAAAUCUUUUGUUGACUCGCAAUGGCUUUACUUCAACGUACGUUUACAAGGGAAAUUGAAAUUGAAAGCGAAAAUAUCACCCUGAAGAUUCAUCAGUGUGAAGUUGGUGAUGUGGGAUGCGUUGUGUGGGAUUCGGGAUUAGUAUUGGCAAAAUAUUUAGAGUACAAACAUUGCUUUCUGAAAGGACACUGGAAAAAUAAAUAUGUGAUAGAACUGGGAGCCGGCACUGGAUUGGUUGGUCUGACAGCCGCCUGUUUGGGGGCCAGUGUUUUAUUGACUGAUUUGCCAGCAUUGCUUCCACUGCUUGAACUGAACUUGACUGAAAAUGGUGAUAAACUGCAAGGGAACACAGAAGCUAGAAUCUUGAAGUGGGGCCAAGAUGUUUCGGCAUUUGUCAAGCCAGAUAUUAUUCUUGUUGCAGACUGUAUCUAUUACCAACAGCUUAGUAUUACAAGGAAAAAUAAAAAUUGUCCUUCUUCGCAAUCACAGCUGAUAGAAGACGACUUUCUGCUGGAAGAACUACAAGGACGAGAACUACACCCGGACUACACAAGCCCCGAUAUUCAUGUCAUAAGGCUUAGAAAGAAAUGAUCUUCUUAGUAAUCUGCUUUGGAUUUUGAAGUAAAUAGCUUCUUUUAUGUAUCUGCACUUAUUGGCGCAGUGCCACAAACUAGUGUAUAUGUGUACAGUCCCUUACUCGGUAUAUGAAAAAUAAAAUAUUGGUAUUUCUACUGUAUCA